AUGCCGUCAAGUUCCAGUCGAUAUAACGGAUUGCCUCCAAUGCCAAGCACCUCGAUUGCGCGUCUUGGUACUAGACCAAAAGGCAAGAAUGAGGCAGAGCGUGUCGCCUCGCGGUAUUUCACCUCUCAGGCCAUUUCUCUUGUAAUUUUUGAUAUUUCUACAUCGUUCAUCGUCACUCUCGAAAACGGUAAUCUGGGCAAUAUCGCUCCUGAAGUUCAUUCUGGCAGAGUUCAGAAGGCGAAUUUUGCGUAUGUCUCCUCUUUCGUGCCUGGGACUCCACUGGACCUUUCGAAAUCAUCGUAUAAGGAUAUUGCGACAAUCUCUGCUGACCUCGCGCGCAUCCUUACGAGAAUCAGCGAGUUGACUUUGCUGCCGCUCGCUCUCUGCCACAUCGAGCUUAGCGCCAAAAACAUAAUUUUGAGUGGCGAGACCAAAAUUGCGUCCAUCGUCAACUGGGAAGGUCCUCUUCUGCUGCCUUUGGGGAUGAACGCAUGGCAUAUACGCGAUUAUUGUGCUAUUCCUUCUUCAGAAUAUGAAUCGCUUUCUGUAGUCGAGGCUUUUUGGACAGCUCUGUCACUGCAAUGCAGACAGGACUUGUCCUCAGCAUCUUUGAUGCAUCUCUGGAAACUCGCGAUCUGGAGCAAAUUGUCUCAGUCUAUAAUUGGCUGGAUGAUACUUUUUACGAGGAUCACUGCUUCCCGAGGAGUACACAGACCUAGCACAAGCGACCUGGAAGAUUCAACAUCCCAAUAUCCACCUCCGAAGAGUGUGCCAGCUCAUUCAACGGCAGCCGAAAAGCCGACCCUUGUCGCCAAACUUUCCCGGCCGAAAGCUAUGGCAGAAGGAAAACUUGCCGCGGCUAGUUGCUUCUCGCAAGCCGUCACGGAAGCGCAUGUCCACGAUGAGCAAGGGUGUUACAGUCUAACACUGGUGGUCACCUUCGAGAACGAAGACGAGGUCAUCGUACAACUCCGAGACUGCGAAAUCGACUUGUCUAAAGUCGCACUUGCGCAGUCUACUGGGUCCUGUCGUUCCCAAUAUCCUUAUGCUGAAAAUCCUGCUUCGAGCGCGCAAACUGCGGCGCCGGCUCAAGAGGACGAUCAGCCGUUCUCCUGUUGUUCGGGUGACGAUAACGAUGAUAACCCGGUAAUUGUUGGCAGAGAAGGCUCAAUUGCAUUGCAAGGACUCGGGUUAUCGACUCAUGCUAAAGUUUGCGGACGCAGGUGCUGCGGAGCUGCAUGUUGCACGAGUCCGAUAAGAAGAGGAAGACACUUAAAAUUUUUGUGGGAAGCUAAAAGAGUGCCAUGUUGUACUGGAAUCGACGGAGAGCGUCUUAAUUAUGCUCCCGUCGAUGACACGUCACCCGCCGACCAAGAUGGGAAGGAAAAAGUUCUCACUCUCAUGGUUGUUGGCAUGGACUGUCCAGCGUGUUCUCCAAGAGUUGAACAAGCACUGAAAGGCCUCGGGGUGACGGACAUAAAGGUGGAAUUUGUCAGUGCUCGAGCGAGUUGUAGCUACAUCAGUGGCUCCAUCGAUCCCGAGACUAUCCGCCGCAAGGUGGAAAACACAACCGGAUUUAUUUGCACCAUUGCAAGCUUGCGAAAUGGCCAACGUACUCUCCGCGUAUCUUUCUCCCCCGCCGGUGCCCCAGCCGAGGACAUUCUUCAAGCACUUUUUGGUCGCGAACAAGGGAUUUUGAAAAUUUCUCGCGCGGAUGUUCGCUUCACAAUCGAUUCUGCGGCACGUCACCCGUUAGCGCGUGAUAUCCAUGGAGCCCUGCUUGGGCAAGGGUGGAUGGUGACACCAGUUAACGAAAACGACGGUGAGACGGCCAUAGACAAAGCAGCGGCGCUUGACCUUCGUCGCUCGAUCUGGCGCUUCCUUUUAUCUGCAAUUCUUACCAUUCCGGUCCUAGUCAUAUCGUGGUCCAGUGGCUUCGAGGGUCAAUUCGCUCUUCGUGGUGGGAUCGCUCUCGGCCUCGCGUCCCUCGUCCAGAUAUUUUGUGCUGGUCAUAUCACUCUCGCUGCAGGACGCGCAACCAUCGCUGACCGACGUUUAGAUGCCGAUGUCUUAAUUUCUCUAUCUUCCCUCUCUGCAUAUCUCUAUUCCAUGGUCAGCUACGGAUAUAAUGUCGCCAAACAUCGUGUCGAUCUCGAUAGCUUCUUUGAAACGAGCACCUUGCUCAUCACACCGAUCCUACUCGGCCGCCUCGUCUCUGUCUAUGCACGGAAUGCAGCCAGACGGAGCUCUGUUGGCCUCACUCCUCCUCCUACUGAAGCCGCACAUUGGAUUGAUCCCAAACUCGUUAAUAGUGCUCAAGAUAUUCACACGGCAUUGCUAGAAGUGGACGACACGGUCGUUGUUCAUGCAGCUGAAACCAUACCAAGUGACGGUAUUGUCGUCACCAACACGUCAGAUAUCGACGAGUCUUUGAUUACUGGCGAGACCGUCCCUAUAACCAAAGGCCCAGGAGCUCCGGCUCUUGCAGGAACAACAGCCCUUGGUCCGCAGUCAUUAUAUAUCCGUUUAUCGAAAACCGUACAAGACAACUCACUGGCUGAAUUACGCCGUUUAACUGCAGAAGCGCGCUCCUCCCGAGCUCCUAUCCAAGAUACAGCGGAUAGGAUUGCGCGUCGUGUUAUUCCUAUUGUAUUGGCUGUUUCGGCAAUCUCGUUUAGCAUGUGGACGCUAGUGCUCAAGUAUGCAAGGCAUGAGUCCCCAGGCAAGGCAGUCGCAGACGGUCUCUCUUACGCCGUCGCGGUAUUAGCUUUGUCAUGUCCAUGCGCCCUCACUCUAUGUGUCCCCCUCGUUGUUCUCUACGCACGGAAUGCAUCCCAGAAGUCACAGUUUUCUCUGCUCUUUAAAUCCUCUGCUGCUCUCCAGAACGCGCGCGCCGUUACCCAUGUCAUUUUCGAUAAGACAGGAACGUUGACGACCGGAAAGAUGAGAGCGGUGGAGUCAAAUUUUGACGAAACCAGUGGAAUAUGGAUUGCAGAACAUCCUGUGUCGGCCGCUGUGGCCCGAUAUCUGGCUGUGGGUGCUGAUUCAGUCAGUGACCUAGACAAUAUAGAAACUGUGGUGGGCAAAGAUAUCCAAGCCAACUGGAAUGGCUCUAUCGUUCGAGGAGGAAGCGUUAGCUGGUGCGCGGUGCAAGAUGUUGAUUGCGUAGUUAACAUGCUGGAUGCAGGAAAGAACGUCUUUGCUGUAACAGUUGACCACGUCUUCCUCGCUGCCUUCGGACUGGAGGAUGACCUUCGUUCCGAGAGUACCGAGGUUGUGUCGUCUCUGGUAGCACGGGGAAUCACAGUGUCCAUUCUGAGUGGAGACCACCAGAAGGCCGUUGACGGAGUGCGUCGCAGGCUUGGAGUCGAGGGAGUCAAAGCGAAGGGGAACUGCCUACCGGAAGACAAACGGAACAUACAAAAGAAUAUUGUGGUUUUUGUUGGCGAUGGGAGUAAUGACACCGCAGCUCUCGCCCAAGCAGAUAUUGGCGUGUCCCUGGUGUCGGGAACAGCUAUAGCCAUCAACUCGGCUGAUACCGUUAUACUAUCCGGCAGUUUGAGGGGCUUGUUGCAGACAAUCACGGUGUCGCGUCUGACCUGGCGUCGCAUCGUGUUGAGCCUCACUUGGGCGCUGUCGUACAACGUCUUGGCCGUGCUCUUUGGAUCUGGGCUCCUUGUUGAUAUCCGCGUACAGCCUCAAUGGGCUGGAUUGGGUGAAUUCGCCUCUCUCGUGCCAGUGCUGGCGAUUGCUCAGUCUUGUCGCUUUUUCAAGUGA